AGGGCCAUUUGUAUCUGUAAGACUCAGGGGUGGACUGACCAUUUGGAAACUCGGGCACUGCCCGAGGGCCCGGGGUCAGUAGGGGGCCCCAUGAGAUGCCCCUGGUACCUUUUUCAUAGGCUUUUUUGAGUUUGGGCAAGGACACAGGGGUCCCAUGAUCCCCUAUUGCCUGGGGGCCUCAUGAGUUGUCAGUCCACCCCUGGAUGCUCUACUGGUGACAUUGCUGGAAUUAAG